UGGGCGUUGUACUCCGCAUCUCAUUUGCAGCGGGGCCAAUUUCUCCAUUUACAAACUCUGCUCUCGAGAAAAAAUUGAAAGAAUUCGCGUCUCUUUCGCAUCUUCGCCACAAUUUUUUUCCCCUUGCAAGUUCUCACACGUCCCUUUGCGGUCACUUCGGUUUCGGGCUGAUUCCUCGGCUUCGCUUGGAGAAGGAGGUGUCAGCGGCGUUUGACUUGAUUUUUUGGGGAGGAAGCUUGCGGUCUUUGUUCAUUCAUUUGAAUCGGUUGGGUUCCUUUGUUGGACCAAAAGCAUGGGAGCACAAAUCUCCAAAACCGCUGGAAAAGAGGAAGCUGCGGUAGAAAAGCCAGCAGAAGGUGCAGCUGUUGCAGCCAAGUCAAACGGACAGGAGAAUGGACAUGCCAAGACCAACGGGGAUGCCUCUCCAGCUGCAGAGGAGGCCAACAAGGCUGAUGUUCAAGCCAACGGCAGCACUCCUACCGAGGAGGUGCCAAAAGAAGAAGGCGAGAAAGUAGAGGGUGCUGAGGCCAAUGGAGAGAAGGAGCCUGCAGCCACAAAUGGAGAAGCCUCUGCCAAGCCGGAGGAAGGCACUCCAUCCACCAGCGAGGAUGGCAAGCAGAAGAAAAAGCGUUUCUCCUUCAAGAAACCCUCCUUCAAGCUCAGCGGCUUCUCUUUCAAGAAGACCAAGAAGGAAUCUGAGGAGGCAGUGGAGGAAGGAGCAGGAGCAGAGUCAGCCGAAGGAGAGAAGGCGGAAUCCGAGGAGGCAGCUACUGAGGAGACCAAGCCGGCUGAGGCUGGUGAGGAGGGAGCCAAGGAGGCUGCAGCCGAGGAGCCAAAAGCUGAGGAGGAGGUGAAGGCAGAGGAAACAGCGGCAGCAGCAGCAGGAGAAGAGGAGAAACCAGCUGAAGCUUCACCCACUGAACCAGAAACUGCAGCCAGUCCAGAGGCCACGGCCGCCGCCGAGUAAUCCUGCUGAACGAGACGCCGGAAUGAAGGAGACGAUGGAGCCCGUCUGAAGGAAUGCGAGGACUUGUCUAAAACCAGGGAUUUUUUUGUUAAUUUUUUUGUUGGUGUUUGUUUACUAUUCUGCAACCAUCUCAUCCAUAAUGACUGCAGUGUCCGUGGCAGUGAUGGACAGGAGGUGUACUGGCGAGUGUGCUGCUUCCUCACUGCUCAUUGGUGCUUGCAUUUGUGACGUGGGUGAGUGUGAAAGUGCGAAUGUGAGUGUGAAUGUUUUUCUACAUGAAACCAUGACUGUGUUGACACGUUGCUGAAUUUGACAUAUUUAAUCAAAGUAUUUGGUGCUGGGCAAUUGGAUGUAGCAGCUAAAGCUGUGUCUGCAAGAUUUGACACAUUGUGAUAUUUAAAGGGAAAGUCCUAAACCAAGUCUUAAAUGUUGUCUUUGCAGUGCACAGUUGUUUACAACUCUUUAAGCUCAAUGCUCCUGUGGACACGACCAUUCCUGAAUGAAUAGAUUUAGUUAACUGUCAAAACAAUAGAUACUCAUCACUUUCCAUUAGAUUCCACCAUUUCAAAACUCUGUAGUAAUGCACGUUGUAUAGACUUUGAUAUUACUGGUUUUAUGACUGAGAUGUACCUAAAUGACUGAAGUUUUUAACAGAUUACCCAUUGUAAAUGAAGUUUUCUUGUUUUUCACCAUUUGUAAGAUUGAAUAAAAUUGGGAGAUGUUUUAAGCAAA